AUGGAUGAAGUGCCAAGAGGAGUGAAAAAUCCAAAAAUAAUCACAAAGUUUGCUGGGGAAGUCAGAGAAUCGACCACUGAACAUGUCGCUCGAUAUUUGGUUGAGAUUGAAAAUUUAACCAAUGAUGAAAAUUUGAAAAUGAAGUUUUUUCCUUCUUCAUUAACGAAGAAUGCAUUUACUUGGUUUUCGAAUCUUAGACCAAAUUCGAUAACAACAUGGAAUCAGUUGGAAACUGCUUUUCACGCUCAGUUCUAUCGAGGGGAAAUGAAUGUGUCAGUUACUGAUCUUGUGGCUUUGAAACAUGAAGAUGGUGAAACCAUUGACGAUUAUAUGAUACGUUUCAAGAAUGCUAGAAGUAGAUGCUAUAUUUCAUUACCUGAGAGCGAAGUGGUGAAAAUAGCAACGAUGGGGCUAGGAUUUUAUAUGCGCCAAAAGUUGCUUAAUGUGCAUAUACCUGAUUUAGCCCAUCUGGCUGAAAAGAUUUUCAAUGUGUUGCUUAAAGAUAAACAAUUAGUUCUGCCUAAGGGUAGAACCUUACUUUCGGUGAAAGAUUUAAAAGGAAAACCUUAUUACAAAUUUCACCAAGCAAUUAGUCAUUCGACUAAUAGUUGUGUUCGUUUCAGGGACUUAAUUCAGAAAGCUAUAAUGGAGGCACGGUUGAAGUUCGAUGAUGGAAAAAAGGAGAUGAAGGUUGAUGUUGAUCCCUUCGAUGCUGAUGCCAGUUUUGUUGAACCAUGUUUCGGUGUGAACAUGGUUGGCAUGUCCUAUGACUUUGAUGUGGCUCUUGAUGAUUUUGAGUCACAAGUUUGGUCAGUGUAUCCCCGAGCGAGAGAUGGUUUGUUGGAUUUCUUAGUUCAACAAAAGAUUAAAGACUGGAACGUGUCUCUGUGUCCACGGUGUAAUGCUAUUUUUAAUGCUAUUUUUGAUGCUGAAACUGCAGUAAUCUUUGAAAAAGAAAUAAUGAAGAAGAAGUUGGCCCAUAGAGAAGAGAAGGAUUGA